AUGUCUCUUGCAACCGUUUCAUGCCAUGUGUGGUCACUCGUUAAGAAACCUCUUCAUUAUCGAUGUGGAUUUGACAUUAUUUUUCCUUGGCAUGUGGAAACUAAUGAAACAGGAGCACAAAUCACAUUUAAAGGAUACUGCAAAGGUUUGGUUAUUAAGGAAUGGGGCUUGUGUGUCAUGACCAAUGAAGACGCAGAAGGCGAAGAAUGGAGACCAAGAAUUGAUCUUGAUUUACAGGUUCUGGAAGUAAAAGAAAACAACAAUGGCAAUGUGUUUGAGCCUAAAAUUCAACUUCCUUACAAUUGGUUAGUUUCUAACAAAGAUGAAGUCGAGACCGUUGAAGCUAAGGGGAAAGAAACUUAUCUCUUUAAUAUUGGCCUUUACCUUUAG